GCAGCUGAAUGCUCCUGUAUGAGAGUGAGAAAUACAGGAUCUGUUUGAGAUAGGGAAUCUGAUACUUCACCAGUUGCUGGAAGUUAAAUGGUUACAUUGAGCUUGGGGUAUCUGGAGUACUUUUUUUAACUAGGAAUUGCUGGGAAUUUGUAACUCACAACUGAGGUCUUUGUAUCCCUACUGGAAGGUAUCUCGGAAGUGAUUGUGUUGAGGAGUUGCUCUGAUUGGUGGGGGUAGGGAGACCUGAAGAAGUGGACUAGGGCCAAGCUGGGGUGCAAGCUGUUUGGACUCUCCCUGGGGAUGUUUAAUUGCAUCCCUCUGUGGCGGUGCAACCGUCAUGUGGAGUCCCUGGACAAAAGGCAUUGCUCACUACUUACUGUCCCAGAUGAAAUCUACAGGUACAGUCGCAGCCUGGAGGAGCUGCUUUUGGACGCAAACCAACUGCGAGAGCUACCCAAGCAAUUUUUCCAACUUGUGAAAUUGCGAAAACUGGGACUUAGCGACAAUGAAAUCCAGAGACUUCCUCCUGAAAUAGCAAACUUUAUGCAAUUAGUAGAGCUAGAUGUAUCUCGAAAUGAUAUUCCUGAAAUUCCAGAAAGCAUCUCAUUUUGUAAAGCACUCCAAGUAGCUGAUUUCAGUGGAAAUCCACUUACCAGGCUGCCAGAAAGUUUCCCAGACCUAGAGAGCCUUACCUGUCUUUCCAUUAAUGACAUCUCAUUGCAAGCACUCCCUGAAAACAUUGGAAAGCUAACAAACUUGGUUUCAUUGGAGUUAAGAGAAAAUUUGUUAACCUAUUUACCAGAGUCUCUCGCACAUCUUCAUAGACUAGAGGAGCUUGAUGUAGGAAACAAUGAGCUUUAUAACUUGCCGGACUCUAUUGGAUCGCUACAUAAACUGAAAGACCUAUGGCUGGAUGGAAAUCAACUGGCAGAUCUACCUCCGGAAAUAGGAAACUUGAAAAAUCUUCUGUGUUUGGAUGUGUCUGAGAACAAGCUUGAAAGACUUCCAGAUGAGAUCAGUGGCAUGAUUUCGUUAACAGACCUUCUUGUGUCACAGAAUUUAAUUGAAGUUUUACCAGACGGCAUUGGGAAGUUAAGAGAGUUAUCUAUCCUUAAAGUAGAUCAAAACAGACUAAUGCAGCUAACGGAGCGCAUUGGAGACUGCGAAAGCCUUACUGAACUAGUUCUUACAGAAAACCAGCUUUUGGUUUUGCCAAAAAGCCUUGGGAAAUUAAAAAAACUAUGCAAUUUGAAUAUUGAUAGAAACAAACUAAUGUCUUUGCCAAAAGAGAUUGGAGGUUGCUGCAGUCUUAAUGUUUUAUGUGUACGAGAAAAUAGGUUGACUCGAAUUCCCUCAGAAAUUGCACAAGCUUCUGAACUUCAUGUCUUAGAUGUUGCUGGAAACAGGUUGACACAUUUGCCUUUAUCUUUGACCUCACUGAAGUUGAAGGCUUUAUGGCUCUCUGACAACCAGUCUCAGCCCCUGCUCACCUUUCAGACGGACACAGAUCCUGAAACUGGAGAGAAGAUAUUGACUUGUGUUUUACUUCCACAGAUGCCUUCUGAGCCUAGUGGUCAAGAUAAUUUACCAAGAUGUGGGGCUAUUGAGAGCUUGGUUAAUGAUAUGUCAGAUGAAACAUGGAAUGAGCGUGCAAUGAAUAGAAUCAGUGCCAUACGAUUCUUAGAUGACGAGAAAGAUGAGGAAGAUGAUGAAUCGGCGACUCUUCUAAGAAGAGCCACUCCUCACCCUGGAGAGCUGAAGAGCAUGAAAAAGACUGUGGAGAACUUACGUACCAAUAUGAUUGCUGCUAAAGGGCUGGACUCUAACAAAAAUGAGGUCAAUAAUUCCGUUGACAGAAUGACUACGUCUGUGUAGAGUUUUUACCUCCACAUCUUACCUUGUGUGUCUUCCCCUGCUGUUGACAUCUCUCCCUGCGUCCAGGACCACAUUCAGUCCUUUGUUUUUACCAAACCAUGAUUCAUCACUCUUACAUUUUAAUUUUGGAGGUGCUGCUAACUGGAAGGAAGUACCUUAUUUUCAGCCAGAUGCUAGCACCUGUGAUUUCUAAACGAAUGCUGUAAUUUUAUAUUUUACCAAUUUUAUUUUUCAUAAGUAGAACUCACUACUGUGUAAAUGUUUUACUUUAACUUUGGGAAAAUAUAUAUAUAUAUAUAAAUAUAAAUAUAUAUUAUUUUUUAAGUGCUGGGAUAUUUCAUGACCAGUUAUUUUAACACUGGUGAUAAAAUAUAUAGUUUUUAUGUGAGAAUUAUACUUUUUUACUUUUUGGCAGCUUUAAUGGUGUACAUUUUUUAAAAAAAAACAAAAAGCAAAAGAAUAACUGUACAGUAGACUGAAAAUAUUGCUUGAUUCAUUUGAUAGAUUUGUAAACAUGGUACAGGACAGUAUGUUAAUUGUGAAAUAUAAGUUGUGAUCAUUCAUAAUGUUCAUUUUAUGUAUAUCAUACAGUUGUGCCUUAGGGGUUGAUGAUCUUCAAGACCUACUUGCGCCUUUAAUAUGUAGGGCGUUAUUUUUGGCAUGGCUAUAGACAUAAAAGGAAAUUACAGAGCACACGCCUUUAUAUUAGUAGAUAUUUAAAUUAUGAUUUUUUUUUCCUUUUGAAGAUUCUCAAGUACCUGUCAGAAUGUGUGUGGUGUGGGUCUGUAGUAAAAUUAUUCAUUUUCUAAAUGUAAUAUAACAUUUUGUCACCUAUUGCCUUGAUAUCUACACUAUCUUUUAAGGUUCAUUUGCCUUUAACACCUCAUCCUUUACAAGGACUUACAUAGCAUUCUGAUUGUGCCUUUCAUAGCAUUUUAAAGAGACUGUUUGAUAAAAAAAAAAAAAGUAUGAAAUGUUAUCAGUACUGUUUUUGGGUUAUAAUGAGACCAAGUAUUUUCAUAUUGCACAUAUAAACCUCUUUUAACUUAAUUAAGUAUACAGUAUACCUUCAAAUGGAAUAAUAUACUGAUUGUAUUGAUUGGAAGUUGCUUUGCUUUAUAAUGUGAAAAUAUUAUGCAUAAACGGAGCUGGCAGGAUACUUUACCCGGUAAUUUAUUGCACAAGAAAUCACAUUUAACAAAAAUAAUUUGUGACCUUUAAACAAUAAUAAAAAAACUACACUUUUACCAUA